AACAUUAACUCAUACGACAACCAACACCCGGACCUUACAACAAGCAUCUACCCCCGCGUCUCGGAGACCGACGCGCCCUACUCCUUCUCCGAAACCACCCUACGCGGCGCCAUCUACAUUCCCGCCGACUUCCAGUACGGGCGCAACGGCAAAACCCCCGUGCUCCUCGUCCCGGGCACAGGCACCUACGGCGGUGAGGCCUAUGCCCCGAACCUCACCAAGAUGCUGCGCGCCAGCUCAUUCGGGGAUCCGGUGUGGCUGAACAUCCCCGGCCGGAUGUGCGACGCCUCCGCCCGCAACGCCGAAUACGUCGCCUACGCCAUUCAUUACCUCUCUGCGCGGUGCGACAACACCCCCCUGGCGGUGAUCGGCUGGUCGCAGGGCUGCCUGACGACGCAGUGGGCGCUCAAAUACUGGCCCAGCACGCGGUCGCACGUGAGCAAUUUCAUCGCCCUGGCGGCCGAUUUCGCGGGGACGGUGGGCGCGUGGGCGCUCUGUCCGUUCAGCGGGACGCAGCCCGGCACGCCGGCCGUGUGGUGUCAAACGCGCAAUGCGAACUUCAUCAAGACGUUGCGGGCGGAUGGAGGAGACUCAGCCUACGUGCCGACGACCUCCAUCUAUUCUGCCACGGAUGAGGUGGUGCAGCCGCAGUCCGGGAUGGGGGCGUCAGCGUACAUGAGGGAUGAGCGGAGCGUAGGGGUCACCAAUUGCGAGCUGCAGGUGCAGGCGCGGCUCAAGUCGGCCGGGCUGAUCUGGUCCCAUGAAGGGGUGUUGUACAACCCGUUGACCUGGGCAUUAUUGGCGGAUGCCAUCCAAAAUGGGGGGUCUGGGAGCUUCCAGAGGAUCGAAAUGGAGACGGUGUGUAUGCGCAGCCGGGCGGAGGGGGUGGGCUUGUUGGACGCAGCCCGCACGCAGGCCUUGGCGGCGGCGGCGCUGAAGAAUAUUUUGCUCUAUUCACCGAAGCCCUGGCGGGAGCCUGAGUUGCCGCUUUAUGCG